GUUUCCUCGUUUCUCUCACAGAACCGAGCUCCGUCCUGAACCGACGUACACAGGUAGGUAGUUUAAACCCGGAUUAAAGGAACCAAAAGCAGCUCCCGGUUUCACCUGAGCCAGAAACACUUGUCGCAGCGCACCUGUUACCGCCAUGACGGCCGGACGGUCGGACCAGUAGACCAGAGACCCAACCCAGGAGAAAGAAGCAGGAGAACCGGAACCUUAUGGAUCCGAUGGAGUCAGAACAGAAGUUCGGUCUGAAACAGGAAGCUAACGAAGAUCCGCUCCUCCCCCCGAAUCCGGAUGGGGACCCCUCCAUUGAGUUCCUGCAGGCGUCGGACAACAACGAGCUGGAGAAGGAACCGGGUCGCAGGAGGACGAUGUGGAUCGGCCUGGGUCUGCUGGCCUCGGCUGCCGCCCUGACCCUGGUGACCGGGCUGCUGGUGUGGCACUUCCACCUGCGCAGCGACGUCAGGGUGAAGAAACUUUACAUCGGCUCCUUGGGGAUCAGUAACCAGGCCUUCUUGGCCGAGCACGAGGAUCCCAGCAGUCAUCAGUUCAAGAAACUGGCUGAUCUGGUCAACCAGCAGCUCCAUCUGAUAUACUCCAAAAACCUGGUGUUGUCCAAAUACUUCCGAGGCUCCACGGUCCAGGCCUUCAGUGAGGGAGAUGGCAGCGACGGCAUCAUGGCAUAUUAUGAGUCAGAGUUCGAAGUUCCCGUCCCCCAGCAGACCUCGCUGGAUGAAGCCAUCGAGUCCCUGGAGCCGCCAGAGGAAAGUCAGCAGGGCCGACAGGGACGACUACUGCUGAAACCCAAAGACCUUCUGGACGUCAGCAGCGUCACGUCUGGAGCUCUGGAUCCUCGAUUGACCAAGACCUCGAUAUCUGACAGAGACUUGACCAACAUCCACGUCAGGAAGGAGGGCCUCAUCCAAUCUCCAGGGUUUCCAGACACUUCGUAUCCUCCAAACAUCUACCGGCAGUGGCGGCUUCGAGCCGACCCGCAGCACAGAAUCCGGCUCAGCUUCCACACCCUGAUCCUGGAAGACGACUGUCAGCACGACUUCAUCAAGAUCUACGAUUCGCUGGCUCCUAUGGAGCCCCGCGCUCUGACAGAACAGUGUGGAUAUCCUUUCAACUCCUUGUCCUUCCUGUCGUCCGGGAACGUCAUGCUGCUGACGCUGGUCACCAACAAGGAGAAGAACUUCCCCGGAUUCAGAGCUUUCUACUCGCAGCUUCCCCUGAAUGAUGGAGGGUGUGGAGGAGCGCUGAGGGGAGAUAAAGGCUCCUUCUCUUCACCCUUCUAUCCUGAAAACUACCCUCCACGAACCUCAUGUGUGUGGACCAUCGAGGUCUCGGCGGAGAAGUUUGUGAAGGUUCAGUUCCACGAGUUUUCUGUGGGGUCUCCGGGUAGCGAAUGUGUCGGUGAUUACGUUGAAGUCGACGGGAAUCGGUUGUGUGGCAGGAAGUUAAAAAACACAGUAAUCACCAGCGAAAGCAACAAGAUGACCAUCAAGUUUGAAUCAAACGCGUCCUACGUGGACCUGGGUUUCACCGCCCAGUAUGAAGCUUUUGUCCCGACCAACCCCUGUCCGGGGAAAUUCCAGUGUAGGAACAACAUGUGCAUCAACACCACUCUGCAGUGUGACGGCUGGAGCGACUGUGACGACCGCAGCGAUGAGCACAACUGCAAGUGUAAGGAGUCUCAGGUGAAGUGUAAAAACGGACUCUGUAAACCGGGGAUCUGGAGGUGUGAUGGCAUGGACGACUGUGGUGACAACACUGAUGAAGAAAACUGUGGUAAAUGCUCAGGCACUCAGUUUUCCUGUAGAAACGGUCGCUGUAUCUCAGAGAAUCUGAAGUGUAACGGACAAAACGACUGCGGCGAUGGAUCUGAUGAGUCCCGGUGUCUGAAAUCCCUGCCGCUGCCGUGCUCCGAGUUCACCUUCAGCUGUGGAACCGGAAGCUGCAUCAGCAAACAGAACCCCGAGUGUGAUGAUGUGAGCGACUGUGAGGACGGGUCCGAUGAGGCCGACUGCUCGUGUGGGAUCAGACCAUUCCAGAGCAGCCGGAUUGUGGGCGGGGAGAUCUCGCGGGAGGGGGAGUGGCCAUGGCAGGUCAGCCUCCACGCCACCGGUUUUGGACACGUAUGUGGAGCAUCAGUGUUGAACGCCCGCUGGCUGCUGACUGCCGCUCACUGUGUCCAGGACAAAUUCUCCCAGACUGACCAAUGGCAGGUCUUCCUGGGGUUGCAUGUGCAGGGUCAGACCAAUGAGUGGACAGUGAGCAGGAAAGUGAUAAAAAUCAUCGCCCACGAGGACUACGAACCUCGUACCUAUGACAACGACAUCGCCCUGAUGGAGCUCGACGCCAGCGUCGCCCUCAACCAGCAUAUCUGGCCCAUCUGCCUGCCCUCCCCCACCUAUGACUUCCCCUCGGGCCAGGAGGCGUGGAUCACCGGCUGGGGCGCCACCACAGAGGGAGGGUCCUCAGUGAGCGUCCUGCAGAAGGCGGCGGUUCGGAUCGUCAACAGCACGGUGUGUAAGAGUCUGAUGACGGACGAUGUCACCGACAGGAUGCUGUGUGCUGGAGUCCUCACAGGAGGCGUGGACGCCUGUCAGGGCGACUCUGGUGGGCCUCUGACUGUCACCAACCCCGGUGGGCGGGCCUUCCUGGCGGGCGUGGUGAGCUGGGGUGAAGGCUGCGGCGUCCGGGGCAAACCGGGCGUCUACACCCGGAUUACCAAAUUCCGGAACUGGAUAAAGGAGAAGAGCGGAGUGUAGGAGCUGUGUAGCCUCCUGGGAUUCUCCUGUCCUCGGCCACUUUGAACCGGCUUCCAGAACAAACAGGAUUACUAAAUGUAUUGAUAACUGAUUUAAUGGUCAAUUCACAGUUUCACUGUACAGGCCGUGUCUACUUACAUUGACAUGGCUUAAUCUUUGAGACAAGCUUAUGCUACUGGCUAGAUAGAUAGAUAGAUAGAUAGAUAGGUAGGUAGGUAGGUAGGUAGGUAGGUAGAUAGAUAGAUAGAUAGAUAGAUAGAUAGAUAGAUAGAUAGAUAGAUAGAUAGAUAGAUAGAUAGAUAGGUAGGUAGGUAGGUAGGUAGGUAGGUAGAUAGAUAGGUAGGUAGGUAGAUAGAUGAAAAUGCUGUGCUGAGAACUGCUGUAACUGAUCAAACCUGCAGACAAGUUGAAAACUCUAAAUUGUUGAAGCUCUUCUGGUCUUAAAGCAUUUUAUUGUCUUAUUUCUGAUCACUGAGCUCCAGGCGAAGUGAGGCUGAAGGUGGAGAUGAUUUUAAAAAAUAUUCUCAGGAUUAUUUCAAACAAAAAUACUAAACAGACAUCCUCAGGUUGGAGCAUUCGCCGUCUGAUACCAGGUAAAAGAUUAGCAUCCUGGGAAAUUCCUGGAUUUGUUUGUGUUUUCAGAGCAAAGUGCGACAAUCCACGACACGACUGGCUUCUACGAACCGACCAACAGGAAUAAAUCCAGAGCAGUGUUGAUGGCUGCGUAAAAACUGGACGGUGUAGAUAAAUGAGCUGAAGGUGAUUCAUGAAAUUCAGUCCAAGGGGAAAUCUGAUUAAGUUGGAGCAGAAAUCUGGUCUAAAACGGUUGCAACCAGCCAGCAUGUUAACCCGUUUCCAUUGUUGUACAUGUAUGGGGAUCAUCACACGUCCGUCACGCAGCAUGGCUUCCUUUAAAUGGGCUAAUAGACGAAUCCAGGCACCAGAAGUAGACCCUCCAUCGCUGCGGUGGCAUUUUUGUACGUGUCGGAGCAGAAGAGCAUCGGACUAUUUUCUCAGUGAUGUCGAGGAAAUGUGGAAGGACUGCAGUAACGUUAGGAGUUAAAAGUAACAUUAGGAUGGAAGAUGCAGAUGUCUGCCCUCUAGUGGUGGGAAGUGGUAACAGCUUUCAGCUCUUCCUGGAGUAACACCUUGUUUUAUUCUGAUGUAAUUUUACAACUCGACCUAGUUAGAGGAUUAACUCGUUACCUCAACAUCACAAUAAAAAAAGAAAAUAAUGUCAACUAUGGCCAAUCUCUGCAUCCGUAGAGUUUGAUUAAGAUUAGUAGUUUUUCUCUGUUGACGACCAGAACGUGAAGAAGGGAUUCAUCUCUGAAAACUAGUUUUGUUCAUCAAGCCGCUGAAUGCCAACGAUAAGCACAUAAACAAGUCAGGAAUGAACUUUCAGGUUUUUCUGGAUGGACUGAAAAGGAGAAAACGUCUCGGACUUCUUUACUUCAUGUUGGAGUUCCUCAGGGAGCUGUACUGGGGCCUCACUUAGUUUUUAAUGGUAGAAAAGCCAACAGAACAAGAACGUUUCAUUGAGUUUAAUGAUAAUUAAAUCUGAUCAGGUGUUAAUAUUCAGUCGUGUGAAUCAGUGGUGGACGUCCAACGUUAGCUUAGAAAUAUUGAUCCUUUUAUUGGUUCUCUGCUUGUAAAGCUGUUUUCAUGUGUUCGAUGUGUUGACUGUUCCUGUAUAAACUGCACUUGCUCAGUUAUGAUUUAAGAUUUAUUUGUCCUGGUUUUAUCCCAUUUUUUUCUCGGGUUUAUCCUUAAUUUUUCCCGUGUUUUAUCCCAGAUUUAUCCAGUUUUUUUUCCUGGUUUUAUCCCAGAUUUGUCCAGUUUUUUUUCCUGGUUUUAUCCCAGAUUUAUCCAGUUUUUUUUCCUGGUUUUAUCCCAGAUUUAUCCUGUUUUUUUCCUGGUUUUUUCCCAGAUUUAUCCUGUGUUUUUUCCUGGUUUUAUCCCAGAUUUAUCCUGGUUUGUAUCCUGGGUUUAUUCUGGUCUGGUAUGAACAUUUUGGAGAAAAGUUUCUGUGGGAAAUGUUUACUUUCAUUUAAAAAAAAGAAAAAAAUCAACUUUUUGUUCCUCUUGUGACUGUGUACAUUAAUAUAUUAAUAUAUUGAUUUAUUUUCUCUUCUGUUGGAGGAUGUUUGUGGUUUUGGCUCAUCUGACUGUGAACUAAACAUUUUUUCUUUGUAUAAUUAUUUGAACUUAUUUCAGGUUAUUAACUUAAAAAGCAGAUUUUUGUGUAAAACUGUUCAACGCUCAGCUAUUUCUGUCAUAGUAAAUUCAUCUUCUCCGUACAAACUGCUGUAUAUUCGAACUAUUUUUAAGAAACAAUAAAUCUAAAUUUAUGCAUUUUUAGAAACAUUAAUAAACUAAAUACAUACAUA